AUGGUACGCGUCCUCGCAGCGAGUUUGGCUCUUCUGACGGCCGUCGUCGUUGCCGCCGGGAACGCAACCCGUGGUGUGUGCUACGACACGUACGACAUCGACCACAUCGACCAGCACUUCGCGACGAUCAAGGAGCGCUUUACGGCCGUGCGAACCUUCCAGUCCAUCGCCAAGGGUGUCAACGUCAUCGACGCUGCGGCCAAGGCCGGGCUCCAGAUCGCAGCCGGUGUGUGGAUCCGAGCCAACUACACGGCCGACCUGCAAGCCGCGAUUGACGGCGCGCGUCGCCACCCGGACGCGGUCCACGCGAUCUUCAUGGGCAACGAAGACCUCUUCCACAACGCCAUGUCGGUCGAGACCGUCGUGGCCAAGGUGCACGAGGCCAAGGAUCGUCUGCGCCAGGCAGGCCUCGCCCACAUCAAGGUCGGGUCGGUGCAAAUGGACGGGGACUGGCUUCGUGCUCCAGCGCUGGUCGCGGCCUGUGACGUCGUUGGCGUCAACAUCUACGCCUUCUUUGGCGGCGCGUCCAUCUCGUGGACCAACCCGGUCAUGGACCUCGACGCCCGCUGGAAGAACCUCGUCCGCCUCUACGGUCCGGAUAAGCUCACCAUCACGGAAACGGGCUGGCCCCACGACGGUGGCAACAACGGCCCGCACAUCUCGAACCGCGAGAAUGCGAUCGCGUACUACCAGUCCUUUGUGCAGUGGACGCAGCGCGGCAACGGCGGCGCGCUGCCCUACUACUUUAUGUUUCACGACAACCCGAGCAAAGGCGGGUUCGAGGCCAACUUUGGGCUUGCCGGCGUCGACGGGCGCUGGAAGUUUGACCUUGCAGCGCCGUUUACCGGGCCCCGUACUUUCUCGAUCGUGUCCAGCCACGGCCAAAGCGUCGGCGCGCUUCACGGAGGGCUCCGCGCGCACCAAGCAGCGUCGCCACCGUCGGCCGACGACCUCUGGCAGCUCCGCGGGGACGUCCUCGUCAACCAAGGCGGCCAGCAACCCUGCCUAGACGUGUCCCGCAAUGGUAACAACAACAACCAGCUGACCGUCGCUCUGUAUCCGUGCACCGCCAACAACGCCAACCAACGGUGGCGCCAAGAAGCGUCGCGACUCGUACAUGCCACAUAUGGCGUCUGCCUCGAUGUGGACCCCACCCAAGGCAACAAGGUGCAGGUCUUCGCCUGCGUCAACGACGCGCCCAACCAGCGCUUCUCGUUUGUCUAA